AUGCAAAGUUUCCGUAGAAUUAAUCAAUUGGUACGAAGGAAAAGUCCAGAUGCUCAUUUCAAAUCGACUAGAGGAUACCCUGUUAAUGGAGAUGUUGGCUGUAGCUGCUCGGCGCCAAUGUUGAUGGAAAAUGGUUUUGCUAUUGCUCGUCUUUUUGGAAAUCCAUAUGGGUCUUUCAGUGAGAUUAAGGUGUUAGACAAGAAGAAGGUGCGGAGGGCGAAGCUAUAUUAUCUUAGAGACAAAAUGAACGCUCUUAAGAAGCAAUAA